UCGUUGAUCAUUUGAGGGAAAGUACAUACAUCGGAGUGGAUAACGACUUUGACGUCUUCUUCGGAAUCCCAUUCGCCAAGCCUCCCGUGGGCGACCUCCGUUUCGCAAACCCCGAGCAACCUGAUCCAUGGAUUGAUACAUACGAGGCAACGACCUUUCGCCCAAGCUGCCCGCAGCCGAUGUUUGGUAACAAGGAUGAAGAUUGUCUCUAUCUAAAUGUAUACGCACCUUCUCCAAAGCCCCAGAAUGCAGCCGUAAUGGUUUGGUUUCACGGAGGAGCCUACAAUGCUGGAAGUGGAGGUCGAUACAUGUAUAGUGGAAUCCCUCUUGCCGCUGUCGGCAAUGUUAUCGUCGUCACAGUCAACUAUCGUUUGGGCUCCCUCGGUUUCCUUAGUACCGGGGACAACGCAGCGCCUGGAAACUUUGGCUCCCUCGACCAAGUGAUGGCGCUUCGCUGGGUGCAAGAUAAUAUCGCGUAUUUCGGUGGAGAUCCAACCCGAGUGACUAUCUUUGGAGAGAGUGCAGGCGCCACAAGCGUGGGAUUGCAUCUAGUGUCAAGUUUAAGUCAAGACUUGUUUACCUGGGCUAUCAUGCAGAGUGGAAGCACAAAGAGUCCUUUUGCUUACAAUUCUGAUUCGACUGCUGCCCGAAACGAAGCCUUUCAGCUUGGUAGCAAUGUCGGAUGUGACGCGGUGGAUAGCCAGGAACUCAUCGCUUGUCUCAGAACAAAAUCUGCUGAUGAGAUCUUGAUAGGUGGACUUAGGUUUGGCUUUCUGUCCGCACCUGUAGUUGAUGGCAACUUCCUUACUGCAGACCCCGUCGUAAUGUUAGAGAAGGGAGACUUCAAGCACCGGAACAUCCUGCUCGGUACAAACCACGACGAAGGCACUUUGUGGGCAUUAGGCAUCUACCCAGACUACACAAUGUCGAAGUCGGCUCCGUUUAUGAGCAAAGAAGCUUACGAUGAACAUCGGGAUGACUUUCUUUCAGGAUACCUUGAUGAUAUUACUCUGAAGGCUAUGGAUCAACAAUACAUGGACUGGAGCAAGGCUGACUACAUGGACACCGACUACCUUGAUCUCGUCGUCAGACAGAUCACUGACGAAACAUUCACUGCGCCUGCCGAUGCCACAGCUCGGGCAUUCUAUCAAUAUGGCGCCGGUGAUGUAUACAUGUAUGAGUUGACCCACGUACCAUCUGUACCGGCCUACAGCUACAAAUUACUUGGGCCUGGCUGGCUUGGCGUCACUCACGGCGAGGAUCUCCAGUUCAUCUUCGGAUGGUCCUUCAUCCCCCAAAUGCAGGAAUUGCGACGCAACCUUCGCUCCGACGAAUUGACCUUCAUGGUCAACAUGAUGACAUACUGGACCAACUUUGCUAAGACUGGCACGCCUAAUUCAGCUGAGCUUCCAACAUGGCCAACUUAUACGGUUCCAGAACUGGAAUACAUGGUCCUGGACCCAGACCUUAUCCCAUCUCGAGCUCUACGCGCCGAUGAUGUAGCAUUCUGGAAUACGUUGGUCCCAGAGUUGCUUAAGACUUCUGGCUUGAGCAAAGUGAAGAAUGUCUGGUCUGCUCCAUGGAAAACUUUCUAAUCAGAUAAUUAGAAAGAGUCAUAGGUGGCUCUUCCUAUCAUCCAUACUGUACCAACCACGAAUAAAACGGUGAUCUGCACAUAA